AUGCGGGUCAGGAUGAUUUCUGCUGCCUCCGUCCUCGUCCUGCUCUUCCUGCCCUCGGAGACCUGCUCGCCCCUGCAGUGGCCCCGGGGUCCAUCCCGCCGCCUCACCCUGGCCCCCCAGGACACCUGGGAGCCCUGGCCGGGAGCCCCGCGACCCCCGGGCCCCACCGCCCACCCUCUGCCCCAAAGACUGUGCCAGCUCCGUGGGGCAGAGCCCACCCCGGCCCCCCGCACCCCGCGGGGGCUGCAAACCGGCAAGAGGCGGGACAGCAAACCCAACUCCCUGGAUCUCACCUUCCACCUCCUGCGCGAGUUCCUGGAGAUGUCCCGGGAAGAGAGACUGGCCCAGAAGGUGCUCAGCAAUAAGCUCUUGCUGCAGAGUAUAGGAAAAUGAGGGAAGGUCCUGGAAGUGGGAGGAAAAAUAAAGGAGACCGACCCUGUAGCGAGGAGCCAUGGCAGAGCAGAGAA